CUCACAAGCGACAGCGCUCUUCUUCUUUCUCUCCGGCAAAAAUCACGAUGUCGACUGGAACGCUUUACACUUACCCCGAGAACUUCCGCGCCUACAAGGCACUCAUCGCUGCCCAGUACUCUGGAGCAAAGGUGAAGGUGGCCGAGAAUUUUAAAUUCGGCGAGACCAACAAAUCGGCGGAAUUCCUCAAGAAGUUUCCCAGCGGCAAGGUGCCAGCAUUUGAGACAGCUGAAGGCAAAUGCCUGAGCGAGUCUAAUGCCAUUGCUUACUUCUUGGCCAGCGAGCAGCUGCGUGGUGGCAAAUGUCCCUUUGUGCAGUCUCAAGUGCAGCAAUGGAUCUCGUUUGCUGACAAUGAAAUCGUGCCAGUCUCCUGCGCAUGGGUGUUUCCACUGCUAGGCAUUUUGCCACAGCAGAAGAACACUACAGCUAAACAGGAUGCUGAGGUAGUGCUGCAGCAGCUGAACAAGAAGCUGUUGGAUGCCACCUACCUCGCCGGUGAACGCAUUACUUUGGCCGACAUUGUUGUCUUCUGCAGUCUGCUGCAUCUGUAUGAGCAUGUGCUGGAGCCAAGCGUGCGUAAACCCUACGGCAAUGUGAACCGUUGGUUCGUGACCAUCCUGAACCAGCCACAGGUGCAGGCAGUUGUCAAGGAUUUCAAGCUGUGCGAAAAGGCGCUUGUCUUUGAUCCCAAGAAGUAUGCUGAAUUCCAAGCCAAGCUUGGUGGUGGUGCCAACAAGCAGGCACAGCAGCCCAAACAGAAGGAGGAGAAGAAGCCUAAGGCUGCUGCCAAGAAGGCCGAUGAGCCUGAAGACCUUGAUGCUGCUGAUGAAGCUUUGGCCAUGGAGCCCAAGUCAAAGGAUCCCUUCGAUGCCAUGCCCAAGGGUACCUUCAACUUUGAUGACUUCAAGCGCUGCUAUUCCAACGAAGAGGAGGCCAAGUCCAUUCCCUACUUCUUUGAGAAGUUCGAUCCAGAGAACUACUCCAUCUGGUAUGGCGAGUACAAGUACAGCCAAGAGCUGUCUAAGGUCUUCAUGUCGUGCAACCUCAUCACCGGCAUGUUCCAGCGUCUCGACAAGAUGCGCAAGCAGGCCUUUGCUUCAGUGUGCUUGUUUGGCGAGGACAACAACAGCACCAUUUCCGGUGUGUGGGUUUGGCGUGGACAGGAUCUCGCUUUCACCCUGUCACCCGACUGGCAGAUAGACUACGAGGUCUACGAGUGGAAGAAACUGGAUGCCAAGAGCGAGGAGACUAAGAAACUGGUUACCCAGUACUUCUCAUGGGCCGGUACCGAUAAGGAAGGCCGUAAGUUCAACCAGGGCAAGAUCUUCAAAUAAAGAGAUUUCAAAUACAGAAAUGCAGCAAGCACGAUGCCUUUAUUAUCCUAAGUAAAGAGUUAGAAACGGAAAAAGAGAGAGAAAGACGGAGACAAAGACAUCGUGUUUUCAACAAAUAACAAUUACAAAUAAAUACAAUAUGCUCUUUGGCAUGCUCAGCACGCCAAUUGUUUCUGCCUUCUGAAA